AGCUUGACGUUGUAACGCCAAGCGCUCUUUGGUUUGAUGGUAUGAGAAUGUUUCCGGAUGUUUCGCUAGUAUCUGGACAAGAAUGGCUGCGAUGUUUACGUGUUGUCUAGGCUGCUGCGGAGAUGGCGGAUCGGGCCAUAUUCCCCUCAAAGAAAUGCCCACUGUUCAGUUAGAUACUCACCACAUGGGCACAGAUGUUGUCAUCGUAAAGAGUGGCCGGAGGAUAUGUGGCACUGGAGGCUGUCUGGCCAACGCUCCUCUGCACCAGAACAAAAGUUAUUUCGAGUUUAAGAUCCAGUCCACUGGUGUGUGGGGAAUAGGUGUGGCUACGCAGAAAGUGAAUCUCAAUCAAGUGCCUUUGGGCAGAGACACAAACAGCCUUGUCCUGAGGCAUGAUGGGUCUGUUUACCACAAUAAUGAAGAGAAGAAUCGUCUACCCGCAAACAGCCUUCCUCAGGAGGGUGACAUUGUGGGCAUCACAUAUGACCAUGUGGAGCUGAAUUUAUAUCUGAAUGGGAAGAACAUGCAUUGUCCUGCCUCAGGGAUCCGAGGCACUGUAUACCCUGUUGUUUAUGUGGAUGACAGUGCCAUCUUAGACUGCCAGUUUAGUGACUUCUAUCACACAGCUCCACAAGGAUUUGAGAAGAUCCUCUUUGAACAACAAAUCUUCUAAAGGAGCACCUCAGCCUCAGCCCCUCUUUAUGUUGUCAUCCUCCCCAAUAUCUCAUAGCAACCUCUGUGAAACUACAGUUUGACCUUAAAAUCAUUAUGUGUGGCCUUUUGUUUGUUUCCCCUGAUUACUCUGUCUCUCUCAUGCUGCUCUGGAUUGACGUUGGAGCAACCUUGAAGGAGUGGGGAUUACUGAUCAUUGGUGGGCUAUGACUUUUGCAGUCUGUGCUGAUGGAAAACUGUCAAAUCAUUACCUUGUGUCAGUGGUAAUCACCCUGUAUUAACUGAAACACUUUGAAUUGCUGCUUACAUUCUCAAUCUUUGUGUAGAUACCAGACAGUGGAUGUAAUGGUAAAAUGUUCCCAUUUUUCAGGAUCACAAGCCAUUUUUUGUUGACAUUGCUUUAUACUUAUGUUUUUGAAUAUGUAAUCUCCCAAAUGUCAUACUGACAUCUCAGCAUAUGCCCUAUAUUUAUUUGUAUUUAUUUGAGUCACAGAUCAAGUAAUAUGAGCAUGUCAUGUCUUUGGCCAGCAGAAGUUUGUGGACUAAGGAUCAGCUGUCAGUACUGACACAUCAGUCAACAAUAUCCCAUUUGCUCUUAUGUUGCCUUCUUCACUUAAAAAUACAAUUAAAAGUGGGGAUACACUAAUUAAUUAAAUUAAUUCAUGUCACUUUGUAAAUUUGAGUUGAUACAGACAUGGUUUAAAAUACUCCAGUAAACCGUUGCACAUUCCAGCGGACAGCCAGUGUCUGAGAUUGACUUUUUACUGAGGUAUGCUGAGGUGAUGGUGUUGGACGAUGUUUUAAAAAGUUAAACACUUAUUAAAUGGCUGACACUAAUAUGUAUUAAGAUUGAUUUCUAAAUCACUUCUAUGAACAGCCCUUUAGUUUUCCCACGCUUUUCUCAUCCUGAAAUCUUUCAUGGUGUGUUUAUUCUAAAUAUCAGAAUAUAACCGGUGCUGGUUGUCUCAGAUUACAGAUAUAUGGUUAAAAAUGUCAAUCUGUUGUUUUGUAUUGGCAUAGCAUAUCCGCUGCUGAAGUGUGACAGUUAAAUAUUUCAAAUGCUUGUCUUUGUUUGCACUAAUGAUUUGUACAAGCAAAUCCAAAUAUUGUUGAUUCAUUAAACUUUUGUGUCUUGAGGCA